GCCACCAGGCCUAUUAACACAUGAGCUCUGCGAACAACUUUGCAGACUUGAGUUUGAGAGCCGCGAGGAACGGAGCAGCUUUGAGCGGAGAGAAACAGAAGCACCUGCAGACGCGUUUGCCUCUCUGGGCACAACUUUUUCCUUCUCCCACCGCUCCCGGUCAGUACCUCUACCUCUUUGACUUUCGGCGAUUUUUUUUUUUAGUGAACUUUUUUCUUUUUUUUUUUCUAUAUGUGCCUGUGAGUGUGAACUCGUAAAAAAAGCAGCCAUAAUGUAUAACAUGAUGGAAACCGAGCUCAAGACCCCGCUCCCGCAGUCCAACUCUGGCUCGGCGCCGGGCGGUAAGAACAGCAGCUCCAGCGACCAGGAGCGAGUGAAGCGGCCGAUGAACGCCUUCAUGGUCUGGUCCCGGGGACAGCGGAGGAAGAUGGCUCAGGAGAACCCCAAAAUGCACAACUCUGAAAUCAGCAAGAGGCUCGGUGCUGACUGGAAGCUCCUGACCGACGCCGAGAAGAGGCCGUUCAUCGACGAGGCCAAGCGGCUGCGCGCCAUGCACAUGAAGGAGCAUCCGGAUUAUAAAUACCGUCCCCGCAGGAAGACCAAGACCUUGCUCAAGAAAGACAAGUACUCUUUGCCCGGGGGGCUGUUGGCGCCGGGGUCCAACGCCGUCAACAACUCCGUGUCGGUGGGGCAGCGGAUGGACGGGUACGCGCACAUGAACGGCUGGACGAACAGCGCCUACUCCCUCAUGCAGGACCAGCUGGGCUACCCUCAGCACCACAGCAUGAACAGCCCCCAGAUCCAGCAGAUGCACCGGUACGAGAUGGCAGGGCUCCAGUACCCGAUGAUGUCCUCGGCGCAGAGCUACAUGAACGCGGCGUCCACGUACAGCAUGUCUCCGGCGGCGUACACGCAGCAGAGCGGCGGCGCGAUGGGGCUGAGCUCCAUGGGGUCCGUGUGCAAGACGGAGCCCAGCUCGCCGCCGCCGGCCAUCACGUCCCACUCUCAGCGGGCGUGUUUGGGGGACCUGAGGGACAUGAUCAGCAUGUACCUGCCUCCCGGCGGAGAGAGCGCAGAGCAUCCCUCCCUGCAGAGCAGCCGGUUACACAGCGUCCAUCCGCACUAUCAGACCGCAGGGACUGGCGUCAAUGGGACGCUACCUCUCACCCACAUCUGAGAGCAACAGAAAGAAAAGACUUCAAACUUUAAAAAAAAAUAAAAAAUAAAUAAAGUACUUCGGAUACUUCAACUUUUUGGUUGCUAAAGAAACAACGUUCAACAGUUUUGUUCAAAAAAAAAAACAAACAAUUUUAUCUCAACAUCUCUUGAAUUGUCCAUUUUUUUUUUUUUAAAAAUGCAUUUGAAAUGGACCGAAACUGAGCGUUGAGCCCACCAGAGUAAAUUGCAUUGCAAAGAGGCUUUUUAUCACAAGUAUAAGCAAUCAACUUAUGUAGAAGAAUUGGACUUCUAUGUUUUAAUUAAUGCCAUAUUUUCUGUCAAUGAAAAGGCAUGUGGCCUCAUUAAGAGAGGCUGGUGUAUUUCAGAAAAGCUGGAUGGAGAGUUGGUUCAUAAAUGUUUACACUUAAUUUGUAGAAUGUCAGUUGUCUCGACUGUGUCCAAAUUUUGUAGUCUCUUUUUAUUUUUCCCCCCUCUCAUGACCUAGGUUAAAAUGAAAUGUUAAGACUGUGCGGGUCGCAAACGCAAGUUUUAUUUAUAGUAAGAUUUUUGUUUUCUUUUUAGCUUGUGAACCCGAUGUUUUGUCACGUGAAAGAUGUUUAAAUUUUGUUUUUGUAAAAUGUUAUUUUCUGUG